UGGAUUUCCACACAGCCCAAGUUAAUCAACCAACAUGACUUCUUCCAUGCCUUGCCUUGUCCUACUCUUGGGCAUCGCCUGCCUCCUGCAGGCAUCGCUGACCGCGGCGGCCCCGCCGCCGCCGCCAUCGUGGGAGCUGCCGGAAUCCGAGGUGAGGUCCAGGUGGACGAGGUGGCAAACCAAGUACUCGAAGCGCUCGACCCCCGAGGAGAAGGAGAAGCGGUUCCAGGUAUUCAAGACCAACACCAACUCCAUCGGCGCUUUCGCCAGCCAGACUACGGUCAACGCCGUCGUCGGCGGGUUCGGGCCCCAGACAGUCACCACGGUCAGGGUCGGCAUGAACAGAUUCGGCGACCUCAACCCCAGCGAGGUCGCCGAGCAGUUCACCGGGUUCAACAACUCCGUCUUCACCCCGGAGCAUCCCUCCCCGCUCCCCUACGACUCAUGGAAGCCGUGCUGCGUUGACUGGCGCUCGAGCGGCGCCGUCACCGGCGUCAAGUUUCAGGGCUCUUGCUUGUCAUGCUGGGCGUUCGCGGCCGUGGCGGCCAUCGAGGGCAUGAACAAGAUCAGGACCGGCGAGCUGGUGUCGCUGUCGGAGCAGCAGCUCGUGGACUGCGACACCGGCAGCAGCGGCUGCAGCGGCGGCCGCACUGACACUGCCCUGGGCCUCGUGACCUCCCGCGGCGGGAUCACGUCAGAGGAGAGGUACCCGUACAGCGGCUUCAAGGGCACCUGCGACGUGGACAAGCUGCUGUUCGACCACCAGGCGGCCGUCAAGGGAUUCAAGGCCGUGCCGCCCAACGACGAGCGGCAGCUGGCGCUGGCCGUGGCGCGGCAGCCCGUGACGGUGUACAUCGACGCCAGCACCUGGGAGUUCCAGUUCUACUCAGGCGGCAUCUUCCGGGGGCCCUGCUCCGCCGACGCCGCGACGGUCAACCACGCCGUCACCAUUGUCGGCUACUGCGAGGAGUUCAGUGAGAAGUUCUGGAUCGCCAAGAACUCGUGGAGCAACGACUGGGGCGACCAGGGAUACAUCUACCUCGCCAAGGACGUUUUCUGGCCCACGGGCACCUGCGGGCUCGCCACCUCGCCCUUCUACCCUACAGCUUGACCCAUGCAUGCCGGCUUGCCGGUGGAGCUUUUGAAUUUGCGUGCGCGCAAUACUUGCUUACGUUUUGGUGUGCAUCGAUCGUACGGAUGGUUAAGAGUGAUCGAUGGUUGUGUGAUAUUGUUUCCCUUAUCAUUGUGAUAAUGCAAAAUAAAAUAUUUAUUGUGUUUACCUAAAAAAAAUUAAUAGUUGAGAAAUCAGUGUACUCGUUUUUUUU